AUGGGGCUCUGGACAGCCUUGUUGGCACCGUUAAUUGGCACUGUUGGCACCGUUAAUGUUGGUGGUACUGUUGGCACCGUUAAUGUUGUCGGUACUAUUGGCACCGUUAAUGUUGUCGGUACUGUUGGCACCGUAAAAGUUGGUGGCACUGUCGGCACCGUUAAUGUUGGUGGCACUGUUGGCACCGUUAAUGUUGGUGGUACUGUUGGCACCGUUAAUGUUGGUGGCACUGUUGGCACCGUUAAUGUUGGUGGCACUGUUGGCACCGUUAAUGUUGGUGGUACUGUUGGCACCGUUAAUGUUGGUGGCACUGUUGGCACCGUUAAUGUUGGUGGCACUGUUGGCACCGUUAAUGUUGGUGGCACUGUUGGCACCGUUAAUGCCAGGACACGGCAGACACGGCCAGGUCACGGCAGACACGGCCAGGACACGGCAGACACGGCCAGGACACGGCAGACACGGCCAGGACACGGCAGACACGGCCAGGACACGGCCAGGACACGGCAGACACGGCCAGGACACGGCAGACACGGCCAGGACACGGCAGACACGGUCAGGACACGGCAGACACGGUCAGGACACAGCAGACACGGUCAGGACACAGCAGACACGGUCAGGACACAGCAGACACGGUCAGGACACGGCAGACACGGCAGACAUGGCAGACACGGCAGACACGUCCAGGACACGGCAGACAUGGCAGACACGUCCAGGACACGGCAGACACGGCCAGGACACAGCCAGGACACGGCAGACACGGCCAGGACACGGCAGACACGGCAGACACGUCCAGGACACGGCAGACACGGCCAGGACACGGCAGACACGGCCAGGACACGGCAGACACGGCCAGGACACGGCAGACACGGCCAGGACACGGCAGACACGGCCAGGACACGGCAGACACGUCCAGGACACGGCAGACACGUCCAGGACACGGCAGACACGGCCAGGACACGGCAGACACGGCCAGGACACGGCAGACACGGCCAGGACACGGCAGACACGGCCAGGACACGGCAGACACGGCCAGGACACGGCAGACACGGCCAGGACACGGCAGACACGGCCAGGACACGGCAGACACGGCCAGGACACGGCAGACACGGCCAGGACACGGCAGACACGGCCAGGACACAGCAGACACGGCCAGGACACAGCAGACACGGUCAGGACACAGCAGACACGGUCAGGACACAGCAGACACGGUCAGGACACAGCAGACACGGUCAGGACACGUCCAGGACACGGCAGACACGGCCAGGACACGGCAGACAUGGCAGACACGGCAGACACGUCCAGGACACGGCAGACAUAGCAGACACGUCCAGGACACGGCAGACACGUCCGGGACACGGCAGACACGGCCAGGACACGGCAGACACGGCCAGGACACGGCCAGGACACGGCAGACACGGCCAGGACACGGCAGACACGGCAGACACGUCCAGGACACGGCAGACACGGCCAGGACACGGCAGACACGGCCAGGACACGGCAGACACGGCCAGGACACGGCAGACACGGCCAGGACACGGCAGACACGUCCAGGACACGGCAGACACGUCCAGGACACGGCAGACACGGUCAGGACACGGCAGACACGGUCAGGACACAGCAGACACGGCCAGGACACGGCAGACACGGCAGACACGGCCAGGACACAGCAGACACGGCCAGGACACAGCAGACACGGCCAGGACACGGCAGACACGGCAGACACGGCCAGGACACGGCAGACACGGCAGACACGGCCAGGACACGGCAGACACAGCCAGGACACGGCAGACACGGCAGACACGGCCAGGACACAGCAGACACGGCCAGGACACGGCAGACACGGCAGACACGGCCAGGACACAGCAGACACGGCCAGGACACAGCAGACACGGCCAGGACACGGCAGACACGGCCAGGACACAGCAGACACGGCAGACACGGCCAGGACACAGCAGACACGGCCAGGACACGGCAGACACGGCCAGGACACGGCAGACACGGCCAGGACACAGCAGACACGGCCAGGACACGGCAGACACGGCCAGGACACAGCAGACACGGCCAGGACACGGCAGACACGGCCAGGACACAGCAGACACGGCCAGGACACGGCAGACACGGCCAGGACACAGCAGACACGGCCAGGACACGGCAGACACGGCCAGGACACAGCAGACACGGCCAGGACACGGCCAGGACACAGCAGACACGGCCAGGACACGGCCAGGACACGGCCAGGACACGGCCAGGACACGGCAGACACGGCCAGGACACAGCAGACACGGCCAGGACACAGCAGACACGGCCAGGACACGGCAGACACGGCCAGGACACAGCAGACACGGCCAGGACACGGCAGACACGGCCAGGACACGGCAGACACGGCCAGGACACGGCAGACACGGCCAGGACACGGCAGACACGGCCAGGACACAGCAGACACGGCCAGGACACAGCAGACACGGCCAGGACACAGCAGACACGGCCAGGACACGGCAGACACGGCCAGGACACAGCAGACACGGCCAGGACACGGCAGACACGGCCAGGACACGGCAGACACGGCCUGGACACGGCAGACACGGCCAGGACACAGCAGACACGGCCAGGACACAGCAGACACGGCCAGGACACAGCAGACACGGCCAGGACACAGCAGACACGGCCAGGACACAGCAGACACGGCCAGGACACAGCAGACACGGCCAGGACACGGCCAGGACACAGCAGACACGGCCAGGACACAGCAGACACGGCCAAGACACGGCAGACACGGCAGACACGGCCAGGACACAGCAGACACGGCCAAGACACGGCAGACACGGCAGACACAGCAGACACGGCCAGGACACGGCAGACACGGGCAGACACGGCCAGGACACGGCAGACACAGCAGACACGGCCAGGACACGGCAGACACGGCCAGGACACGGCAGACACGGCCAGGACACAGCAGACACGGCCUGGACACGGCAGACACGGCCAGGACACAGCAGACACGGCCAGGACACAGCAGACACGGCCAGGACACAGCAGACACGGCCAGGACACGGCAGACACGGCCAGGACACAGCAGACACGGCAGACACGGCAGACACGGCCAGGACACAGCAGACACGGCAGACACGGCAGACACGGGCAGACACGGCAGACACGGCAGACACGGCAGACACGGCCAGGACACAGCAGACACGGCAGACACAGCCAGGACACGGCAGACACGGCAGACACGGCCAGGACACAGCAGACACGGCAGACACAGCAGACACGGCAGACACAGCAGACACGGCAGACACAGCAGACACGGGCAGACACAAACAAGCCCCAAUAGAAGAAUAUGUCAGGGAGGAAAUCAUUGAAGCAAUAAUUUUCAAAACAAAUAUUUCUGGUAUAUGUAUAUAA